ACGCGCGCACUAUGGCCAAAAUGUGAUAUUACCAAGUUUGGACAUACGUAACGAGGAAUUUUGAACGAUUUUGUAAGUCGUGGAUUUUUCGGGACAGUCACAUUUCUGCAUCAUGACAGAAGUGGCCAAACCUUCAUCAUUAUUGAACUCUGAGAUGAUGUUCCAACCAGAGUCAGACCAGAUACAUCAAGAUGAACCAAAGUCGCCGCCCUUGGACUUGAUUGACACUGGGAAAGGGUUAAAGGUCCAGACUGCCUCUCCUCAUCUGGUCAGCCUGGGCAGUGGGAGGCUCAGUAUUGCGAUCACUGUGUUACCACUGAAGGAAGGCGUGACCCGUAUAGGGCGAGAUGAUGCCCCCAUUCCACAAGAUAUCACAAUUGAAGGACCUGGCAUUGAGGCAGAACACUGUCUUAUCUUUAAUGAAGGCGGAGUUGUGACAUUAGACCCAUGUGGCCACCUCUGCAGCCUGGACGGGGUGCAAGUCACUGUGCCAACACCACUCACACAGGGUUACUCGCUGUGUCUGGGCAAAUCCUAUUUCUUCCGGUUCAAUCAUCCUGAAGAGGCAACACGAAUGAAAAGCAUGCUUCCACAAAAGAGCCCCGUGUCAGCUUUGGCUUAUAACACAGACUACCUGAAGUUCAGCAGUGACUACAGCCAUGGCGUGGUGGGAGGGACCAACAGCGCCCGGGGCAUGCGCUCGGCAUCUGAACUCCGUGAUCUGAUGGACACACUUCAACGCAAGAAGAUCGCCCUUGAAAAUAGUCUCAGAGCAAAUGGAAGUGCUAACCCCUCCUAUUUCAGCGUCACACAGUCUCCGCCCACAACACCUAUAACCACGCCUCCCUCAUCCUCAUCAGCCUAUCAGGAGCAGGCCAGGCGGAUCUAUGGCUCUGACCGUCCACCCAUUUCAAUUAAAACCGUUACUUCUCUCUCCUCCGGGCGCCGAUCUGACCCAUCUUCAUCAAGACCAUCCAGCCGUAACCAAGACAACAUCCUCCUUGGCGUGAGUGAUGGUCGCAGACAUUACAACCAAAAUUCCUCACUGCUGUCAACUUGGAAUGGAGGCGGGUCUUCAAAUUCUGUUGCUGGGGGUGACACUCUCCUCCUCACCCUCCCUCCAUCUUCUUCUCGUACCCCGUCUUCAGGAGGAGCAGUGAGCAUGCCCUCCAGCCCUCGACUUGGAAGGCGUAGUUUUGGGAGUCAAGAGCCAACCACUACCACUCGAACCAGGAAGUACUCCGCUGGCUCCCUUAACAGUAUGAUGGCAGGAGGGCACAGCCGAUCUUUGCCACGCCUUUGUCCCUCCCCUUCACCACGAGAUAACAGCAAUGGGAUGUUGACACUAUCUACCCUGCCAACACGGCGAUCUGAUACAACUGGAAGUUAUAAACAUAGCAGAGAUCAUUAUAAUAAUAACGUCAAUUCAAAUCUAGACUUGAACCAUAACUCCAGUCAACUGUCGUCAAGCAGGAAUCAAAAUCAGAGCACAAUUUUGGGUGAAGGUGUUGUCUCCAUUUCUCUCUCUGCUCCCAAGACAAGCACAAGCACGCCCACUUCACCGACGAAUGCUCCCCCAGAUGUGACUAUCCCCUCCCGGGCUGGGGGCUCCAAUUCUCCUCGUGUGGCCAAAAAGCUAAGCCUGACUUCCACAAGCUCCAUAGGAUCAACAAACUCUAGUCCUUCAGAUCAAGAAAGAGGCGUCAGUAAUGGAAAUGAUUCUGGUCUAGGUGAGAGGGACAGGCGCGGGGUUGGAACAGACUAUACAAGUCCUGGUUUUGGGAUAGGUGAGCGGAGAGCAUCUUUUGGGAAGGCUGGGAUAGAGUCGGGAAUAGGGUUUGGAGAGAGGAGGCAGUCAUUUGGAAAAGCAGGAAUUGUACCUCCAGGUGGAUUCAGAGAAAGAAGAGGAAGCAUCAGCUCAUUGAGUGGUAAAGAGGAACUGACCGAUUAUCACCAACGCCAAAAAGAGGAGAGGCUUCGAGAACAAGAGGUGGAAAGACUGGAGAGACAGCGUUUGGAGACUAUUUUGUCUCUGUGUACAGAGCUGGGCCGCUCUGACCGAGAAGAAAAUGGAACAAGUCCCACUUCUGCUGUGGCCGACCUGCAAAAGAUCAACCAGGAACUCGAAAAACUCCAACUCAACGAUGAUGACGAUGAUGCACCUUCAGUCUUCUCCGACUCUUCAGCUGUUAAUGGAAUUAUGGGAAAUGGUCACCUGACCUCACCUGGCUCAGAGAACGGUUUCUAUGACGAUGAUGUCCCGGUACGUCAGCGGCACAGCAGCGGUACUCGGGACAAUAGGGCAGAGUCUCCGGCUGUGAGUCUGCGUAGCUUUGCUCCCUCUCCAUCACCACGUGGACAGAGGACCAGUGAGGGUCUGGACACUUUUCACCGGAGAGGACAGAAUCAGCUUUCAUCUGAUGGAGAAGUCCGGCGCGUGGAAGAAGAAAGGAUCCAAGUCCUGAAUAACAUGGAGGAGCUGGAGCAAAAGAUAAAAGAGCUGGACAACCAAAUUGAGGAGUCUGCCAGAGAGGUGGAGGUGGAGCGAGCUCUUGUUGAGGCUGAACAAGAGUCUGAGGUAGCUGCUCUGCAACAGGAGAAAGACGCUCUUGAGUCACUCCACAACAAGAUGGCCGAACUAGAGAACAAAUCAAAACAAGAAAAAGACAAGGCCUGUGAGUUGCUGCAGGCAGAAAGGGGCAGAGUAGAGAGGUUGGCUCAGAUUGUGUGUGAGCAGCGCUCCCAACUGGACAGCUGCCCUGAAGCCACCAAGGAGCCCCUGCAGGAGCAGCUAGCCAGGGACUGUGAGGUGCUGGAAGCGGAGACAAAGCGUUUUGAGGACCUGGAGUUCCAGCAGCUGGAGACAGAGAGCCGCCAGGAUGAGGAAAAGGAGCUACAAACUCAGGAGCUGCUUCGGGAAAUUGCAGACUACCAACGGAGCACUGUCACUCGAAAGGAACGACUGUUGACUUUGAAGAAACAAGCAGCACAGAUCACACAGCAGGCUCAGAGAGAGAAGGAAAGCUUCCUUAAAGAGCGCACCAACCUAGAGGCAAUGCUCCAGAGGGAAAAGGAAAAUCUUGCUGUACUGGAAAGAAAGUAUGCUGAGCUGACCGGUGGCAGAAACUUCACUUUGAGAGAGGGAUAUGUCACAGUCAGUGAACUCAAUGAGCUUUACUCACAACUGGGGGGAGACCCUAAAGCCCCCGCUCCCUCCACUGACUGUCCUGAUACCAAGGCUAACUCCUCCAGUGACGAGGAACCAAGCAAACCCAUGGAGGAACAGCAUUUCCGUUUGCUGGAGGAGAGGAAAAGGUUUGAUAAGGACAGUGGAUCUCACCUUAGUGACACUUUACCCAGAAAGAAAACAACACCAGCUGUUACUCCCCAAUUUACAUGUGCAACCCUGGGGAGAAGCUUUCCCACUAAGUCUCAUCAGCCUUUGGUGCAGAGUACAAGUUGCGGCAGCAUCUUACCCAGAAUGCUCUCCUUAUCCAGCAAAGAAAGUGACUCUCGCCGUCUGCACAAAGGUCAACCUGGCUCAAGAGCUGCUUCUCAGACAAAUGUCUACCUCGAUGGCUUUGGAUAUCGAGACCAGGCCUUUGACACAAUGAGCGUGGAUAGUACAGACUCAAUAGAAACCAGCAUCUCUGCUUGUUCUCCUGACAAUGUAUCCAGUGCCAGUACGUCAAACAUGGCUAAACUGGAGGAGAUGGAGCGAAUGCUGAGAGAGGCACAAGCUGAAAAGAACCGUCUCCUGGAACACAAGGAACGAGAAAUGGAAAUUCGGAAGCAGGCUCUGGAUGAGGAGCGGAGGAGGAGGGAGGAGCUGGAGAAACGGCUCCAGGAGGAGACCAGUCGGCGACAGAAACUCAUUGACCGCGAAGUGAAGCUCCGGGAGAAGCAGAGAGCACAGUCUCGGCCUCUUACUCGGUACCUACCUGUGCGAAAGGAUGACUUUGACCUGCGUUCACACAUUGAGUCUGCAGGACACAAUGCUGACACCUGCUUCCACUUGUCCCUCUCGGAGAAGACCUGUCGAGGAUACCUGAUCAAGAUGGGGGGCAAGAUCAAAACCUGGAAGAAACGCUGGUUUGUCUUUGACCGCAAUCGCCGCACACUAUCCUACUAUUCAGAUAAACAUGAAGCUAAGCUAAAGGGUGUCAUUUACUUUCAAGCUAUUGAAGAAGUUUAUUAUGACCACUUAAAGAAUGCACAUAAGAGCCCAAACCCGUCCCUUACCUUCAGUGUAAAGACUCACGACAGAGUUUACUAUAUGGUGGCUCCUUCUCCUGAGGCCAUGAGGAUCUGGAUGGACGUGAUUGUUACAGGAGCAGAAGGCUACACACAGUUCAUGGUCUAGAGAAGCGCUACUGAAGUACUGCAGAAGAAAUAUAUAAUUACUACUAUUUAAAACAUGAUGACCAAUGUAAUGAUGACUGCAUUUUCAAUAAUAAGGAACUAGUAACUCAGUUGUGAAACACUGACUACUUCAUCCAUCUUGUAGAAAUUAUGAUUUCAUAAUUUCAUUCGAGGUAUAGGGUUAGAUUAAUUUAAACAACUUGUGCCUUAAGGGUGUACAGAUCAUUUAAAGCAAGUAUUAUCCAUUACUGUAAAAAUAUAUAUUCGUUUAUUUCAAAUAGUAACCAUUUUUACAAGUUGUCUGUUUGAUUAAUCCUGUUUUCUCUUUUGUCCAUAUAUGUGUCUGUGUAGGGCAUAAUUAUCUGAAUGGACAUAUUUUGUUUAUAGAUUAAUCUGCUGCUUUACGUUGUGGUAUUAUACAACUUUUUACUUCAUUUUAAAGGGGCACUGUCUAACUUUCUUUUGGGGUUGCGUCACCUGCUUGUUUCUAUGGAUAUGUCAUUGCUCUGCUUAGCUCUGUACCACAAUAUGACAUUAAACAUUUGCACCUUACAUUUAUUUAAUUGCAGGUAGUUUUAUGGCUCAAAACACCUACAAAAACAGGCUUUCUGAAUGUGAGUCUCUCCACAGAUCUGACUUGUAGUUUGGUCUGGUUUGGUCUUCAUGAAGAUAGAAAGGUUUAAUGCCAUACUGUGAAAUAUUCCGCACAAAGCAAUAACCUCUCCAGCAAGAAAAGUAUUUGAUGGACCCUCCACCAGAAAAGUUACACAAUGCGCCUUUAACUUCAUGGUGCUAGCCUAUCCAAAAACGUAUGCUUCAAAAACUCCCGAGCUGUAAUUGCUGUCACACUCAGCAGUGAUUAUGAUUAUAGGGUUGGAAGCAACAAUAUAACACUGCAUUUCAAUGAGCUACUUUGUCACAUGUACACAUUUCUUUUUCAGCUGAACAUAGCACUAUUCUUCACAGACUCUUUUUAAGAUAUGCAACUAUGUAAAAUACAUAGGCAUUAUUAUUGGUGUUAUUAGAGACUGGACAAAUGGUACACAUACUUGGUAUUUUGAGGUGCUACAUUUCAAUGCAUUGCCUUUGCCGACACUAAAUACUGCAAGAGUGCCUUAAAUCGACUUGCAAUCAUUUCUUUGAAGCACAGUUACUUGCAGUACACUAAACUGUUGACCAAAGUUUUAUAUUUUUAUGUACAUUUUGUUAUUUUAUAUCUGAGUAUUACAUUUGUUAUUUGUAUACAUUUGAGAUGAGAUUCUAAUGGGAUUUUUCAAAAAAGGAUGAUGCAGUGAAAUUUGGCUUUAUUUUGUUGUAUAGGCUAUUCACACUUUAUGCUGUCCAUUCUGUAUUUAUGACUUAAGUAAUGCAUGUUUUUUAUUUUAUAUAAAUAAAAUGUAGCUUAUACUUUUUAAAUUA